AUGGCUGUUCCCGAAAUGUCCCAAGAGUNNGAGAACGAGCACCAGAGUAGAUGUCUGGUGGGUGAAACGGUGAUCAGAUUGGGGCGCAUGGGCUCUCUGGGGCUUGUCGAAGUGGUAGCAUUCCCACUCUUCAGCGACUCAUCCGACAACGUAGGCCCAGCACGCGCGCAAUAUUGGCUCGCUCGUCGCACUCUGUCUGCCACGCCGGCUGUAGACCUCCAGUCGCUGGCCAAGCGCGUGCGAUACAAGGUCAUGGACCAGAACACUCCGAGCCCGAACAAUCAAGAUGACUCGGACAAUACUCCCCGAUCUGAACUCCCCUCGCUCGCCGUCACUCCUACGCCUGCUCGUGACGAAUUCAAGCACACCUCUGAGGACGACUACUUUGCUCUGAAGCCUGCCUCGAAACGAAACUCGCUUCUGUCCCCUGCAGAUGCUGUCGCCGCUACCCCACCCAGCCUCCGCCGCACAACCACCUAUCCCGAUACGCCCCAUAGGCCUGUUGUUCAGAGAGACCUUUCCAAUGCCUCGGUUGCUAGCGUCGAGAGUAACUUGAGCACCGUCACUGUCAAGGCUUCCGACUCGGGCCACGAAUCGUCCAGCACGGCGACGUCUCCUCUCUAUACUCGACCCAGAUACCCUAAUCAAGCCUUCUCUGCUCUGCAGACACAACGAUACCCACCACCGCAUCUACCUCCAACUCUGCGCACCAAAACUCAUCAUCCCGCCCAGCCUGGAGACUUUCGUCAAGCGAUAAAUGCCUUGCACAAAACUGGCGCUAGAACUGCCGACAAUACUCCAGCCGUCACACCUGGCUUGUUCACUCCUAGUGUCCCUCCAGAGCAGUCAAAUCUCGGUCCUGAUGAACACGGAUUCUAUGCGAGUCCGUUUCUCCACUUUACCCAUCGCCAAGCACCCAAAGAGACCCACAUUGCUGAUGUUGAUAUUGACCCCAUAUCUGGAAGGAAACUCAUCAACAAUUACGAAAUCAUUGACGAACUCGGUAGGGGCACACACGGCAAGGUUAAGCUUGGUCGCAAUCUUGCCACAAACGAGUAUGUUGCGAUCAAGAUUGUUGAGCGUUACUCCAAGAAGCGUCGACUCGGCAAACUAGGCAACGCCGAAGACAAAGUCAAGAAGGAGGUCGCCAUUCUGAAGAAGGCUCGGCAUCCAAACAUCGUCGCCCUACUAGAGGUCAUCGACGAUCCCGCUCGCAAAAAGGUCUAUAUUGUGCUAGAACGUGUCGACCUUGGCGAGAUCGUAUGGCGUGCAGGCGCUCCUAAGGAGAUUGCUUUGGUCGAGUGCCGUCGCUAUAACAGAGAGUCGCGUGGUGUCUUCGACGACGACGAGGCCGAGGCUGAGGAUCGUGCCAUCCUUGACGAGGCCAAGACACGGCGUCUCAAACAGCAGAGGCGAACUUUGAGAAGAAUGCGUCGGCAAAGAAUGGCUGGGGGUACUGGACCAGGAGCAUGGAGUUUCGAGUUUGGUGGUGAUACCGAUGAAGAUGAUUCAGAUGCAGACCAAGCAUCAAGGAUCUCGACAUCGACGACCGAGAAGAGCGUGGAUCAAGUUGGAGUUGAUAGUCGUCAACUGUCAGCUGUACUAGCGCAGUUCUCCGUCGGGGAAAGUGAAGCAGCUGAUCCCGGUACACCUGUCAAUCCCGUCAAUCCCCAAACGUUCUGGCAGGAACCUAGUCCAGUCAAACUUCUAGAAGGGACUAUGUAUGGUUCUUACGAAGACGAAGAGGCCAACGAAGAAGAGACCCGUGCGCCAAGCUUGGCCAGUAGCGACUUUGACGAGGCCAAAGAGUUGGCGAAGACUGUCGGCACUGCAGCUUUCUAUGCUCCUGAGUUGUGCUACACUGAUGGGUCUGGCGACUCUCCUCCAGUGGGACCUGCUAUUGAUGUUUGGGCUCUCGGCAUCACUCUGUUUUGUAUGCUAUUUGGCCGCACGCCAUUUGUCGACAACGAAUUUGUCGUCAUGCGCCGCAUCGCUGAUGAAGAGAUCUACGUGCCCAAGAGGCGUUUACGACCAGUUGACCCACGCCCUAAGUCUCGCCCUUCUUCUCAUGGUCGGUACUUCCCACCCGCCGCCUCAGGNAAAAGAUCAGAAUACGAGCUGGCAUACGAAGAACUAGAUGACUUGCUCCUCGACUUGUUUCGUAGGCUACUGCAGAAAGAUCCUGCAAAGCGCAUCACCCUAGAAGAAGUUCGACACCACCCUUGGGUGGUUCAAGACAUCUCAAACAAGCCUCUUUGGCUUGAUGAGACUGACCCUUCGAGACAGGCACAUGGCAAGAAAAUUCAGGUCUCUAAGGAGGAACUGCAAGACGCUGUCGUUCCUGUCAAAUUGGUUGAGAGGAUUCGAUCAGGUGUGAAGAAGACUAUAGGGGGUUUGAUGAGCGGUUUAGGUCGCGCAAGUUCAACUCGGACGAGAACACCUUCGAUGUCGGGAUCCCANCCCCUAUCGGCAAGUUCCUCGAGCAGUGCCAUCAGCCAAGAAGGGCGAAGAAACAGUUUACGGGGAGAUGAGAGCAUCUUCUCCGCCUUAAAAGCUUCUCGUGAAACCGAACACCCUUUGGCGCAGAGUGUUACUGUCAGCCCAGAGCAAGGUCCAAACCGGGAUGCCUACUUUUCCAGUCUCAGCACGCCGACUGGGGCGACCGACUAUCCUAGCCAUGGCGAUAGAUCAAGAUCUAUUAUGUCCACAACCACCUCUGUGCGGACGAUCAAGCCCACAGAUACACUCCACCCACAGAUCACUCCAGAAUCGCCGCCUUCGUCUCCCGGACUAACUUCUUCGUCCUUCGACACUACUGUCACCAACAUUGGUGGUCUUCUGAGCGGAGCCGGUCGACGCAUCUUGAAGAGCGUGCGAGAUCGUAGUACCGCAGGACGGAGCACAGACGGAUUGGAAAGAUCAACUAGCAGAGCACCAUCCGAGUCGAGUGACGCUCACGCUGACCCAAGCGUCGCUUGCUUCGAGUCCAAUAGUCUCAAGAUCACAAUCAAGAGCGGCUCCGGAACGCCGAGACACGGCGAUUCGCCCAAGCACAACACUUUCCCGGCAAGUGUCUACCUCAUCUUUCGAGGCACGGCGGCGUCUGGAGCUUGA